UGAGGCGUUAAAGAGUGGUGAACAUGGCAAGAGAAGUAAUAGUUGAAGGAGCAUAAUGCAAAAUAAAUGAAAUAGUCGAUUUCAUUUUUGGCAUUUUUCUCUCCACUUCCCUCCACAUCUAUCCGAACCAAAAUUCCCUCCCUUCCCUCCUCGUUUUCUACUCCCCCUACCCAACACGCACACACUUCACUUUCCUCCAUCAAAACCCUCAUUUCCCCUCUCUACCUCAGCUACUAUACCCCCCCUCUCCAAUUUUGAUUUUUACGAUCCGAUUCGAUUUCACGCUACUCAUGGCCGCGCGUGCUACUCCCAGCCGUGACGCGGCUGCUACGCCUCCUGCGGCGCCGUCGAAUGUCCAGAUCCUGCACCACCAGCAGACUCCUCCGCCCACGAUCAGGCGCCAUCUCCCCUUUGCGUCCAUGAAGCCGCCGUUCGUUUCUCCCGACGACUACCACCGCUUCUCCACCCCGUCGCGCGCCGCCGCCGAUCACCUCUCCGAAGCUGUAGUUAUCAAGUCCUCUCCAUUCAAGCGGAAGAAUGGGUAUCAAAAUAAUGAAGUUGAGUCUAGUGAGUGGACAGCAAGUCCAGUGUAUAGUGAUAUUGCUAACAGCCCAUUCCGUACACCAGUGUCUGCUAAAGGGGGAAGGGCUAAUUCCCGGUCAAAGGUCACCAAGAACAAUAGAUCCUUACCUUCCACCCCCAUAUCCAAUGCUGAUGCUCCUUCUCCUCUCACGCCUGCUAGCUGCCGCUAUGAUAGCUCCUUGAGUCUAUUGACUAAGAAAUUUAUUGCUUUGAUAAAGCAUGCUGAGGAUGGUGAACUUGAUCUAAACAAGGCAGCUGACACUUUGCAGGUCCAGAAGAGACGUAUAUACGACAUAACCAAUGUCCUUGAAGGGAUUGGUCUUAUUGAAAAGAAGCUGAAAAACAGAAUACAUUGGAAGGGGCUUGAUUCUUCAAGACCUGGUGACAUGGACAAGGAUGGUACUCUUUUGCAUGCAGAAAUUGAGAACCUUUCCAUGGAAGAAAGAAGUUUGGAUGAGCGAAUAAGGCAAAUGCAGGAAAGGUUGAGAGACUUGAGUGAAGAUGAACAUAAUCAAAGAUGGCUUUUUGUUACUGAAGAUGACAUCAAAAAUUUACCUUGCUUCCAGAAUGAAACCUUGAUAGCAAUCAAAGCACCCCAUGGGACCACCCUCGAAGUCCCAGAUCCUGAUGAGGCUGUUGAUUAUCCACAAAGAAGAUAUAGAAUUAUUCUUAGAAGUACAAUGGGUGCUAUUGAUGUUUACCUUGUCAGCCAAUUUGAGGAAAAGUUUGAAGAGGCGAAUGGAGUUGAAGAUUCAGCAAAUUUCCCUGUUGCCUCUAGUUCAGGGGCACAUGAGAACUUAGCAAUCGAGAAAUCAUCCAUGGCACAUGGUCCACCAGAGGUUGAAACUCUGACACAAGAUAGCCAUGGACUUGAUACUGUGUACGAUUCACCUCAAGAAUAUGCUGGAGGAAUGACGAAGAUUAUCCCCUCAAAUAUUGAUGUUAGUGAGAACGAUGCAGACUAUUGGCUUUUAUCGGAUGCAGCAGGCAUCAGCAUGACAGACCUGUGGAAGACAGAUUCUGGCGUCGAGUGGAAUGAUGUAAAUAUGCUUCACGAGGAGUUGGAAAUGGCUGCUAUUAGCACACCAAGAGCACUGAUUCCUUCAUCUGUUGAUUCUGAUGUACAUCCUGUCGAUAAUGUGCAACCUAGGUGACUCCCUAGAAUUUGUGAGGGGGGCCGAAAAGACUCCUUCCCAAUUCAGAUGGUAGAAACACACGUCAUUGCCUGCUGCAUUCUGAUGCUCAUCUCUAGUUAUACGUCAAGACAUUGGAUGUGUUGGGCAAUGGACUGAUGAAUUGUAGAAGAGGCUGUGUGCAAAGAGAAAAUCGAUAUGGGAGAGCACUGGGAGCCAAGUGGCUCCAAUACACCGUUGGCGAAUCUCCAGACCUCGGUCAUACUUCACAGGUGAAUAAUCAAUCAAUUUUGCCAUUUUCAUGAAAUUUAGUGGAGUGUCUGACAUGAGGCAAGAGUGUAACAUGAGCUAAUUUAAGAAUAUAGUACAUGAACUGGGACCGGAGUUAAUUUACUUGCAUGUCUCGAUCUCUUGAUUCAAUUUGACGAUGCCUGGAAGAAAGAAAAUGUAUGAUAUGUAUACCUUGUUGCUCCAAAACCAUGGUGGGUGUGAUUGAGAUGUUUCUCAACUGAUGUAAGUUAAUCAGCAAUGAAGAUGAAUCAGGUAUCUCUUUCAA